AAUAUACCGAUGAUCAGGACAAUUCUUCAGAUGAUUUACCCGAAGCUGAGUUAAGUGAGGAAGUCAAGAAAACUUUACCGGGAACUGAGAUAAGUGUAUUGCCUGAGAAAGUAUUACCAGAAAUCGAGAUAUUAGACACAAAAGCCAAUGAUAGUAAACCACAAUCUUUAAUUACUGCUUUAUCCGAUGAUGAGCCAGAAAAUUUCUCCGAUGACGAUGAUUCCUUCAAUAACAACGAAGAUGAUGGGGAGUUCUGUAGUUUUUCUGAUGACGAUGAUGAAGGUUAUUAUUAUGAUUUCAAUACCG